AUGGCUUCAAGCGCUUUUCUCAGCAACACCAUCAACAACACACCAGUCAUGAACGCAACAUCUUCCUCACAGUAUAUGAAUCCUUCCGACAGCGCGAUGCUGGACAUGUUCAUUCCGGGGUACUCCUUCAUAUCCCGGUUCCUAAUAUCAUAUUUACACAUCGACCUCUCUCAAUAUAUUCCCAUGAUUUUGACGGCUGUCGCCUUUGUUGCUUCGCUGCGAUAUGUGUUCUCCCGCUCACAUGAGCUAUUAACCGAGUAUUGUGUCUCAACUGCUGAGAUCCGCCUCGAGGAUGAAGUGUACAACUACCUGAUGUUCUGGAUGGCACAACACCCUUCUACGAAAAAGUCCACUCAGUUCGUAGCUAGCACCAAGAUCUCCAGCGGCGCACGAUACUACGACUCCGACGACGAGGGUGACCUGGAUGACGAAGAUGAAUACGACGAGAACGGCAAUGUCGUCUCCGACUUUGACGACUACUGGGCCAAGACUGUUGCACGAGACAAGUUCAAGCGCCUCCGCUUUACCCCAGCCGAAGGAAGCCAUUACUUCUGGUUCCGUGGUCGUCUUCUUACCUUCACUCGUGCUAAAGAGGAAAACAACAACACCAUCUCCUACAUGCGAUACGUGCCUGAGCGACUGUUCAUCUCAUGUUUCGGUCGUGACCCCACUAUCCUGAAGGAACUUCUCGCGGAAGCUCAGAGGGCAUGGGUAGCCAGAGACGGAAACAGCACAGUUAUCUACCGCGGCCAGAAGAAUGGCGGAUACACUGACUGGGUACGCUGCAUGGCACGCCACCCCAGGCCUCUCUCCACCGUCGUGCUAGACCAGAACCAGAAGCAGUCUUUCAUCAAAGACAUCAAGGAAUACCUCCACCCCCGCACGAGGAGAUGGUACUCCAACAGAGGCAUCCCCUACCGACGGGGGUACCUCCUCCACGGCCCUCCCGGAACAGGAAAGACCAGUCUCUGCUUUGCAGCAUCAGGACUUCUCGGCCUCCCUCUAUACCUGCUGAACCUGAGCUCCAAGAGCUUGGACGAAGACGACUUGAUGUCUCUAUUCCAAGACCUCCCUCGCCGCUGCAUCGUCCUCCUGGAAGACAUCGACUGCGCCGGCAUGACCUCCAAGCGCGCGGCCAACAGCACCCAAGACGACAAGAACAAGAACGACCCCAACAACGCCAAUGCCAACCCUGCCGCUGCGCCCAACACUGCUGCCAACACUCCCGCUGGCUCGUCCACAGACAAGAAGCCCUCCGAGGAGACCCCUGAUAACAAGGGGAUUACCCUCUCCGGCCUACUGAACGUUAUCGAUGGCGUCGCAGCAAGCGAAGGCCGCAUCCUCAUCAUGACUACGAACCAUCCGGAGAAGCUCGAUGCCGCGCUCCUCCGUCCCGGCCGCGUGGACAUGACCAUCACUUUUGGGUACGCUCACUCCCAAGACAUCAGGGAAUUGUUCUCAUCCAUUUAUUCCACGCUUGAGGGUGAUUUGCGCUCUAUUUCUCCGAACAGGAGGAAGAACGCUAUUACCAGCCACGACGGCAAAGCCAAUGGUGUUAAGAAGACGACCAUUGCUGAUGGAAUGGAAGAACGGCCCCCUGUUUCGGAUAUGAUUGUCAAGUUGGCGAAGGAUUUCGCGGCUGGUAUUCCGGCUGGGGAGUUCACCGCUGCAGAGGUGCAGGGGUACCUGUUGAAUUAUAAGGAUGAUCCGGAGGCUGCGAUAGCUGGGAUUGGGGGGUGGUUGGAGCGGACAGAGAAGACAAGGAAGGAGAGGAAGGAGAAGGCUAAGGAGGGGAAGGUAUAG